AUGGCAUCACAGACUACUGACAAUACAUACCUGGACAAGCAUGACUCGCCCAACUCGAUCCACGUCGCUGAUGCCGCGAGCACAAACAUCGUCGAUGAGGCCAUCAAGCCACAGGCAUUGGAGCUUGACCUGGAGCACCUGGAACGGCUCGCAAAGCGAGUACGACGAAAGCUGGAUUUCAUCCUUCUCCCACUGAUGGUUUCCGUCUAUAUGACCGCCUACCUCGAAAAGACGGCCCUGAACUACGCCAAUGCUUUGAGCUUGCAAGAAGACCUGGGUCUCAAGGGACGAUAG